CACAAAUAAAGACGCCCCUACGGCUCCCAACAAUUUUCAGAGCCUGGCACGUCUUUCCCUCCUCCUCCUCCUCCUCCUCCUCCCUAGCUCCCCGGAACUUCCAUGGAAGCCUCUGUUUUAGCUGCAACCUCUCAUAGUUCUUCAUUCCGUUACUUCCACUGCACCUUCUCCAGGCGCUGUUGUCGCUGUUUCUGUUACUUCUACACUUUUCCUUAGGAGCGGACUUGAGAUUAUUCCCAUCUUUCCUCGCGCAAAUCUGGUAAUUUCUGUCUUUUCUUAAGGUUUUAUGGAUUUACCAAAUGCUCAUCCCGGUCUCUCUCUGUGGCUCGAUUCACAUGCAUCGCCGGUGUCUAGAGACUCUAAGGUUGACAGCCCGAUUUCGCUUCGUAUCGAUUCGAGGUGUUGCACUUUGCCGAAUUCGGCCCAAUCCGUUCCGUUGCAGUUGAUCGAGAUUAAAGAAGAGAAAAAUGAUCUCGAGAAUGGCGAGGACCUUAGCGAAGAUGAGAAAUUCAGCAUUCUUGGACACUCUGUGUGUUUGAAGAGGCCGAGAGAUGGGCAAUCAUUGCUCUGCACUAACCCUCCGAAGCGUGUCGCAAUUGAACAGGGGCUCGAGUCAAGGCGAACCGCUGUGCGGGCCUGGGGAAACCAGCCGCUUCGGGUGGCUGACCCGGAGGUCCACGAGAUAAUGGAGAAGGAGAGGCAGAGACAGUUCAAAGGAAUCGAAUUGAUCGCUUCAGAGAAUUUCGUCUGCAGGGCUGUAAUGGAAGCUCUGGGAAGCCAUUUGACCAACAAGUACUCGGAGGGAAUGCCCGGAGCGAGGUACCAUACAGGCAAUCAGCAUAUUGAUCAGAUUGAAGUGCUCUGUUGCGAGCGCGCAUUGGCAGCGUUUGAUCUCGACCCUGAGAACUGGGGUGUGAAUGUUCAGCCAUACUCUUGUACCUCUGCAAAUUUCGCGGUUUACACUGGUCUUUUGCUUCCGAAUGAUCGGAUUAUGGGUUUGGACUUGCCAUCCGGAGGGCAUUUGAGUCACGGGUACUAUGCUACUAGCGGGAAGAAGGUCUCCGCUGCUUCGAUAUUUUUUGAGAGUCUCCCUUAUAAAGUGAACCCACAAACGGGUUACAUUGAUUACGAAAAGCUUGAGGAGAAGGCGCUUGAUUUUCGCCCCAGGAUACUUAUUUGUGGUGGGAGUUCGUACCCGAGGGAGUGGGACUACGCAAGGUUUAGGCAGAUUGCAGAUAAAUGUGGAGCGGUGUUGAUGUGUGACAUGGCUCAUAUUAGCGGUCUUGUGGCAGCUAAGGAAUGUGCAAGUCCAUUUGAGUACUGUGACAUUGUUACCUCAACAACUCACAAAAGUCUCCGGGGUCCAAGGGGAGGUUUUGUUUUUUACAGGAGAGGUACAAAAUCAAGGAAACAUAGCUUUAACCUUAAUCAUGGAGACGGUAAUACUCAUUAUGAUUUUGAGGACAGGUUAAACUUUGCUGUGUUUCCAUUGUUACAAGGGGGUCCUCACAAUAAUCACAUUGCUGCUCUUGCCAUAGCUUUAAAACAAGUAGCUACUUUGGAGUAUAAAGCCUAUAUGCAACAGGUGAAGAAAAACGCUCAGGCACUAGCAUCUGCUUUGUUGAGAAGAAAAUGCCGGCUGGUGACUGGGGGUACCGACAAUCAUUUGUUGCUUUGGGAUCUGACUGCUUUAGGCUUAACAGGGAAAAACUAUGAGAAGGUCUGUGAGAUGUGCCUAAUCACUCUCAAAAAAAGUGCUAUAUUUGGUGAUAAUGGUGCUCUUUCACCUGGAGGAGUAAGAAUUGGUUCUCCUGCCAUGACAUCAAGAGGUUGUUUAGAGGCUGAUUUUGAGAAAAUUGCAGAGUUUCUUCUUAGGGCAGCUCAGAUUACAAGCAUCAUGCAGAGGGAACAUGGAAAAUCACAGAGGGAUUUUCUGAAGGGUCUUCAGAACAAUAAAGAUAUUAUUGAGCUCCGAGAAUGUGUUGAGACAUUUGCUUCCCAAUUUGCAGUGCCAGGAUUUGACACUUAAAAAUGUUAAAGAGGCAGCCUGCCUGCAUCUGUAACAGCAUCAUCUUGCUCCUGUGGCUUACCAACACUUACAAUUUACAUGGUAACCCGUCCAUUUUUCUUCCAUGCCCUCCUGUAAAUUACGCCCAAAACAAAAGUCACCAUUCAGAUUAUGUUGCCCAAAAAGUUUACGAGCAUCGCUCAGAAAGUCCUCGACUGACAUAUUUUUUAUGAUUUGUAAAAUUUACACCAAAAUAGUCGUCCUUUUAUUUUCUGAUUUAUUUGUGAAGACAUCAUAGAUAUCUCCAAGUUGUGGUGGUCUGCAGCCAACGCUGUUUAUCGUAUACAUAUGUAAUUACAAAGAUGGGGUAGAUUUGGAUAGUUGCUGACUUGCUGUUCCAAACGAGUUAUGCUUGUGAAUGGUUGCAUUUGAUAUUGCU